ACUCCAAAUUAUUUCAAAUGUUUGUCAAUUGACAAAAAUAUUCUGCAUACGAUGCUUUUGAUAACGAAUAUCGCAAUUAUAAUGCGAUUUUCUGUGUAUCUCGGUCGUAAUAAAGUAGAAAAGAAUCGCAGUAUUUCAUGAUUCCAUAAAUUUUUUCUAUCUUUGAAUAAAUGUCCAAGAACUAUUAUUGAGGGUUAAGUUAUGAUAAACCUAUAAAAAACAUGUCAUUGAAGCAGAAAAACGAGUACCGUAGAUCCAUCGACGACUAUCAAACUGCAGCACCUGUGCGACGUAGGAUCGGUCUCUACUGGAUUCUAGCAGCAUUGAGAGUAGUCCUUACUUUUGUUUCACAGACAGGCUAUAUUCAUCCCGAUGAGUUCUUUCAGUCUAUUGAAGUUAUCUCUGGAGAUUACUUUGAUAUUGAUGUUUACAAGCCAUGGGAGUUCAACGCUACCUUUCCAAUUCGUUCUAUGUUCAUUCCUCAAAUCGUCGUUGGUUUGCCUUACGCAAUUCUCAACAGACUGUCUCCAUAUACAUUUUACUUCUUUGGAUUAUCAUUAAAGACACCAUACUUCUUCGUGCUCUUCCCCCGGCUUUUUAUGUGUGCACUCUCCUUUCUGUCGGAUUAUUUUCUGUACAAGAUCUGUUUCAUGUAUGGACAGAAUUACAGAGUCAGACUUGUCACAUACGCUAGCUCCUAUGUCAUGCUGACCUACGCCACCCGUACGUUGUCCAAUUCGAUUGAACUGGUGUUGACUGCCUCACUGUUGUACUUUGUUUCCCGGUGUAUGGCAUAUUCAGAGAAAGUGGUAUUGCAAAGUGAUUAUCUCUCCAUGAAAUACAAUGAAGCAGCAACUGCCGUAGAACGAGUCAAGUACUACAAGCUCAAGGCAUUGCUACCCUCACAUUCCCUGAACGACUGUUUUAUGGUGGCCACAUUAACGGUGAUAGGGAUAUUCAACAGGCCGACUUUCGUCGCAUUUGCCUUCGUUCCCAUCUUCUUCUGGCUGCAAAGAGGAUUGAACUCAAUGAGCGUUGGCUUCAAAGACUUUCACCUCAGAAUGAUCGUCUUUGUUCUUUGUGGACUACCGGCUGCGUUGUUUUUCAUUCUAGCCGACAGUUUUUACUUUGGAUAUUUAACGAUGGCAGAGAUAGGCCAAUUGGAGGUCGGAAUUAACAAUUUUGUAGUGACACCGGUUAAUUUUCUCAAAUAUAACGCGAACACGAAAAAUUUGGAGUCACACGGACUGCAUCCUUGUUUUCUGCAUUUCUUAGUGAACAUUCCGCUGCUGUUUAACAUUCUAGGGAUCAUUGGAUUGCUGACAUUUGCAAAAAUGAUACACAGCGGGCUGAAGGCACAAUGGUUGCAUCUACCACGUCUGCAGAGCAUUGUAGGCCUAAUGACAUUCACGUUCAUUGUUCCAGUCGCCUUAUUGUCUCUCUUUCCUCAUCAGGAACCUCGUUUCAUAAUCCCGGUGCUCUUGCCACUGGUGUUUCUUUACGCGCCCGAGCUGAGCCAAGUCCCUAGUCUGGAUAUCGUCCAAAAAUAUGGAAAUAAUAAAUCCUCCAGUCCCGUCAAACCAGCGAAGCACACAUCCAAGAAGUUGAUGCUUUGGUACGUCAGUAAUCUGUUGCUGACUUUCUUCUACGCUUUCAUGCAUCAGGGCGGAAUCUUACCGCUCGUGUCUUAUAUCACAACGGAAUUGAAGGCUAAACCGCAUCUUACUCAUAUGCACUUAUAUACUUCGUAUAGUUAUUCGCUGCCGACAGCGUUGCUACAAUUGCGAAAUACUCGCAGGAUCUAUCGCAGUAGUAGUAAUCACAAGUACAAACUGAUGCAGGACUUUCACUUAUAUGAGCAAGGCUCCAUGCCUCUACCAUGGGUACUUGAUAGCAUCGCUAAGAAGAUCAGGGAUUGCGAGGAGAAGUUUGCUGUCAAGAAUAUUCCCUAUAGGCUGUAUUACGCAUUACCGGCCUCUGCAAUAAACGAGUUCGAGGAAUUGUCGAGCAAUAAUUCACACUUGUUCAAAUUUCACGUAAUCAAGACUUUCUAUCCUCACAUCUCUAUGGAAAAAUUGCCGUCACUGCGUUCACUCAAUGGACUAGAACAUUUAUUAACUUUAAGGUGCAAUAGUAUUUUUAACAGUAUCAUCGAUACUGUAAAAGAUAUUUAUGAAUAUAUGGAACAGUUUAGAUUAAUGUUGCUAAAAAUCGAAUACUUAGUGCCUGAAUUGAGACAAAAUAAAUCGAGGCGCAAUAAAUGAAUAAAUUAAAAAGUACAAAAUUUUAUAUUUUUAAAUUUUAAUUAUUAAUACAGCUUCUUUGACGAAUAAUUCAGAACAUUAGCAGCAUUUUAUUGGAGCAAAUAUACGAAGAACAUUGUUAUACACAGAAGGAAAAACUGUCCUAAGGCAAGCAAUUUGUGUAUGAGAAUGGAUUAGAAAAGAGGAAAAUGACGAUGGGAAUGAUUUUCCAUGUCACAUUCCUAUAUAAAUUAUAUAAUUUAUAAUUGUAAGACAUC